AUGCUGCGCGAAACCAGACUCAAAGAAACCGAAUGGGACUACUUGCUACCACUUGUCCAAGCCAAUAUCAACCAAACGCCUGUCGCGAUGUUGGACCACAUGAAACACCUCAUCAGCGAGCAAGGAACAACGCUUGCCGUUGGAAAAAUCGAAGACGAGCGACGCAACCCUGAUUCUAAUCAGUGGGAAUUGCUCAUUCAAUGGAAAGGCUUGGAAAGCCACGAAUCAAGCUGGGAUCAGCUCCCAGCGAUGUACAGGGAGAUUCCAUCCCUCGUACAGUCGUUCGCCGACCACUUGCUGAACGGCGCGAAACGCGUGGGGUUGGUCGAGGAGUUAGCCGAGUUGUAA